AUGGGACAAGUAAAUCAAGAGCCAUUACUUAUAACAAAUACCGAUGGCACGCCUAAAAGUAAUAUACCAUGGUUCAGUGCACUAAUUCUUCUUUCAAUUGUUUCAUUUUCGACCGGAUCAAUUAAUAUUUUCGGUUCUCUCAAAGAUAACUUCCAUAAAGAUUUAGGUUUUAAUGAAACUUUUGCUAGUGUCAUGAUAUCAAUCGGAACUACAUUAAUGUACUUUACUCUUCCAGCAGGAAUUUUUAUGGAUAAAUUCGGAGACACUAUUACUCUAAUAUGCUCUAUUGUCUUCAUGGUCAUAGGUUACUUAGUCAUCUUUUUCAUUCCAGGGCAUGUUGUCUUCUGUAUUUUCUUCUUUAUCGCAGCUUUCGGAUGUUCAUCGUGUUUUAUUUCAAUUCUACAGAUCGCUCUAUCGAGGAAUCCGAAAUUUGUCGGUAUCUCCGUUUCUAUCGUCUCAUCGUCGCUUUCUCUUGCCGCUGGUUUACUUUCCAGACUUUUCAAUGUCGGACAAAAAGUAUUCAAAAAUACGAACGAAUUUGAGGCAGGUCUUAAGUUAAUAUCUAUGUUUGUUAUCCUAGUCUCUUCAAUCCUUACUUUAAUUGCAUAUUUCUUAUAUCGAAACUACCAAGCUCCUACAGCUAAUAAAGCCAGUUCUUCGUCAUCAUUUAAGCUUGGUGUCCUCAAAGAUUACCGACUUUACCUACUUUUGUUCACAAUGAUGUUUUGUGUCACAGAUGGAAUGCUUGUCAUCCUUUCUGGAACGGAUUUCUGGAAAGCGUAUACUCCAAAUGGUGAAGGCUAUGCAAUGAAGUGGUUAAUUCUUUUUUCCAUACUUAAUAUGGUUUUUACAAUUCUUUUAUCGUCUUUGUUUGAUUUACUUAUGAACAAGUGGAAUAUUAUAAGAACAAAGAUAUUCGGUGUAAUUUGGAUGAUUUUUGCUUUAAUUCCUGUUUUAAUUGGAAUUGUUUUUUGUUCUGCUCAUUCUAUAACAGGAUUUGGUAUUAUAUUCUCUCUCCUAGGUAUUCCAUUCGGUUUGGGCUUGACAAUGAUCCCUGCAAUGACUUCUGAUUUAUUCGGAAAUUCAAUGUACGGAUUUGCCUUCGGUGUUGUUCAGUUUGGAUCAAUUACAUCAACACUCUCUAUUCUGAGUAUCACAGGCAGCCUCAAAAAGACUGGUCUCACUGUUUUGUUAUUUGUUGUUGCAGCCAUCAAUUUUAUCCUUGGUGGCAUCAUAUUCUCGCUGAAGAACCGAUCUUCUUUCGCGAAAUUUGAAGAAUCAUCUCAGAAUGACGCAUGA